AUGCCUCGCGCCUCCUCGGCUAAGCGACAGCAGGGAGCGGCGAACAAUCGCGACACUCGACACGAGAACGGGCUUGUAGGUCCAGGAAGGCGCAUCGUCAAGCAAAAGAGCAGGAAUGAGAUCAGACUCGAUGGCAGCCCCCGGCCUCACCCCCAAUCGUUUUCCGACAACGCCGCUCCCCCGCCGCUCCCCUCGCCUCUGCCUUCGACUUCGAACCCGUGCGCAAACGGAAACGGGAAUGGGAACGGCUACCUCCACGGCAGCGACGACAUGUCCCUCGACACUGCUCGCCGGCCCUCGGUAGCCGCGUACUCCGAGACCUCCUCCUCCGAGUCGGUGUCCCUGUCGACCUCCCAGGCUGCCGCUGAAGAUGCCCACCGCCGGAUCGACGUCAAUGCUGCCAAGAACAACAACGUCCACCGGGACACUGGUUUCAUCGACCUCGCCUACACUGUCCUCCGAUCGUGCCCCCUGCAUGACACCAUCGCCAUCCUUAUCAUUCUCAUGCAGCUGUCCCCAGUCGCCUUGUCGAGCAUCUACAUGCUCUUCACUCUCCUGACCUUCGUCCCGCCUGUCACCACUAGCUCCGGCCUCAGCCUCACCGAGAUUUUCGAUGGCCCUGGCGCCCCUAAUUUGUGGACCUUGGUUGGGCUGGACCUGUUCUUCCUCAUCGUUUUUGCCUUCAUGCCCCUGCAGGAUCUGAUUCUGGAUUUUGCACAGGUGGUGAUAGCCAUGACUUUGGGGGGUGGCGCAAGCUCAAGAGCAGGGACAACACACAACAUUUUCUUGUGUGCUGGAAUAGUUCUUUUCAACCAUUUUGGGCACCACCAGGCGAUCAACAGAUACUCCAAUUUCAAGACUUUUUUCGGGGGCCCCUGGGGCACACCGGAUGCGGACGAUCCUUUGGAACCUGUUUCGAUCAGCUACGAGAGGAAAGGACCGAAGGGAUUGUUUCGGAGUAUUUUGGCUAUACAUAUUCUUGUUCAAGGACUCGUUCGAUAUGUCAGGGAAUGGUAUCUGCGGCGUGAGAAACGCGAUUUACUAUCUCAGAACCAAUCUGAUCCUGAAGUCGGGAAGACACCCACUUUUGCAGGGGACGCGGCCACGGACGGAGGAGGGAAUCCCCCUCCAGAUGUGGCUGAGGCGAACAGACAAUUGACAAGCACAACAAUAUCGAACAAAAAAAGAAGGAAACAGAGUCAUCAAGUGCGUAUUCGACAGCCACUUUGGGCAGCUUUGGCAAGCACGAAGAUUGUUAUGGUGAAGGAGUAUGAGCUCUCACAUGCUGCAUCCGAAUCUGCGGGCUCCAACGCAACAGACAUUCAUAAUCUAGGCAACGCACCUUUCAAUACGCAGCCGGAACAGAUUUGGAUUUGCUACGUUGGUUGCGACACCGUGUGCUUCAACACGAGUCCAUUUCCAAACCGCCCUCCUACCGAGAACACUGACGAAGACAGCGAUGGGAAGGGGACUUCAUAUGUUGAUACCUCUAAACCUUUCUACGUCAAGGUGAACAAUGCUAUCUGGCAGCCGACGCGCAUCAUGCCGAUAGAUGAUGGAGAGGAGGAAGGCGUGCAGGGAACGAGAUGGACAGGCGAUAUUUUUGGACUGACACCCAUGUCUAACUAUGAGUGCGAGUUCGUGAGUAGCCGCACCGGCCAGGCCAUCUUCUCGACUAGUCUCAGGACGAUUCCAGCCAAGAUCAAGGACAACGACGCAUUGAAGGCACCGGCUCCCCGUUCGCAGUAUCGACACCAGUCUCCUGCGACAACCCUGAGAACUUCAAUAGCCGGCCUGGAACAGAAACUGAACGAUGAAAAGGCUAGGCUGAAGUCUCUCAGGAGGGACAACAACAGGAAGACGAAUGCGCUUAAGAAGGACAUCGACAGAUUGACUUCGGCAGUUCAGUCAGCUGGCGGGAAUGACGAGAAACUCAGGCAGAAAAUCGCACAGAACAUGACGCAGCAGAAACAGGCAGAACAGGCUAUUGCAGAGCUUCAGGAGCAAGUCAAGGAAUUGCAGUCAAUUCCGGAGGAGGUUCUGGCAGACUAUCGAAAGAAGCAGGGCCAGUACAACACGGAGAAAGGGCAGUUCGACCAGGCCAAGGGCGCGUUUAAGAGCUUCAAACACUCUGUCGAUCAGGACGCCAAGGCCCUUGAUGACGAGCGAACGAGCCUGCAGGCUAAGCGAACGAAGAUUGCUGCUAGGCUCAACAAGGUCGACGGUGAGCAUGCGCGCAUAACAGAUGCCAAUGCCCGUGGCCUCGAUGAGGCCGAUCGCCGUCGACAAGAGACCGCUGCCUUCGAGAGCGAAGCUGUCCGCAGGGAGAAGGAUUACGCCGAUCGUUUAGCGAUUGCACGCGCCCACAAUGAGGAUAAGACGCAAAACGCAGCCAACAUGGCCACCGUGCUGGAGGGCAUACUCAACAAUUUCAAUCAAGCCGAGUACUCAGCCUUCUACGAGCGCCAGGAGGCCGCUGCCUACCACAACGCGGCCUCCCAGUGGCCACAGUAUGCGCAAACUCACACAUGGUCUCCGGCAACGUCUGCAGCACUUCCUAAUGCGACGCUCGCAACAGCCCCGGCUCCGAAUCCUCUGUUCUCCCACGGCACCUUUCCACAGUACCAGCACCCAACGCAUGUGCCACUGCCGCGUAAGUCGCGAGGCCGCUCUUCGUCCAUGUUGAGCGACGUCUCUGGCUUCACCCAGUCCACCGACGACGAAAACGACGGCAGCAACGGCUCGAACAACAACAGCAGCGGUCACAUCAACGCGACCACGAUAACGCGAGGCAGCAGCACUAUCAAUGCCACUGCCGCGCCUUUCCUCCCGCCUGCUCACAGCCACUCUGCCAGCCAGAGCCCCUUCGGCCAAUACGCGUACCCGGCAGGGGACGUGCGGAGCCCUCCAGGGUUCCCGCCGUACCAGCCAGGCGAUGUUGCCCGCAAGGCGUCCGGCUCCGGCUCCGGCUCCGGCUCCAUGCGGAGUGGUACUGCGAGCAGCGAGGGGAGCAACAGGGACCCAACUAGCCCUAUCCAAAUAGGAGCUCGUUGA